AUGUUGGCCAACAGAUUGCGCGGCAAAGGUCUCCGCGUAGCCAUAACUUGUAGCGUAGGAAGCGCUUACUUGCUUUUUGGCUAUGAUCAGGGCGUUCUGGGUGGCCUGGUCACAGAACCUAGCUUCCUCAAAGCCAUUGGAAACCCCAGUUCCAGUUUCCUUGGUUUGAUCGUUGCUCUGUAUAAUGUUGGCUGUUUGGCAGGAUGCGUAGUGGCCGGAUUGGUUGGAAAUAAACUGGGCCGAAAGAAGACGAUUGUCAUUGGCUGUGUGAUUAUGAUUAUAGGCGGCGUCAUUCAGACUGCAAUCUACGGAGCGGCCCAGCUUAUUGUCGGGAGAUUGAUCUCCGGCGUGGGAAAUGGCAUGAUAACCUCUACAGUUCCUGUCUAUGUCUCAGAAUGCUCAGGGGCGAAGAAGCGCGGCAGAUCAGUUGCGAUUCAGCUAUCUGUAGUCAUUUUCGGCACAGUGGUUGCCUACUGGUUAGAUUACGGCACCAUCAAGAACCUGGAAGGAGAGGUUGUCUGGCGAUUCCCUAUUGCCUUCCAGAAUGUCUUUGCUCUUUUUACACUCUUUACGCUCCCUUUUCUACCUGAAACUCCUCGGUGGCUCUUCUCACACGGGUACCAGAAAGAAUCCAUCAGUGUAUUGGCUAGAUUGCAAGGCUGUGCCGAAGAUGACCCUCGUAUAAAGCUUGUGGAAGACGAGAUGGCCGAUGCUCUUAGGCUGGAAGAGGAGUCCGUCAAGUUCUCACUGAAGAGCCUGAUCAACGACCAGAGCCCCUUGAAAAACACACGGCGUCUCAUCUUGUGUUUCCUCAUUCAGCUCUGGCAGCAGUUCACGGGGAUUAACGUCAUUGCCUUUUACGUGACCAUCGUCCUCGAAGUCAACGUCGGAUUAUCGCGGGAGACUAGCAGUCUGGUGGCCGGUUGCAUCCAGAUAGCCUUCUGGUGUGGCACAUUCCCUCCUAUGAUUCUCCUCGACAAGGUUGGCAGAAGACCAAUGCUUCUGCUCGGUUCAGUGGCACUAUUAAUAUCCAUGAUCAUGUUCACCGUUGGAAUCGCCGUCAACACAUCGGCAACGGCGAACAUGGCCCUGGCAAUGUUAUUCGUGUACGAAAUAUCCUUUGGCAUGUCGUGGAACAGCAUUCCUUGGCUCUAUGCCCCAGAGAUUACAACACUCCAAAUUCGUCAUAUUGGUUCUGCUGUGGCUACCUUUUCAGAGUGGCUAUGGACGUUUGUUAUUGCUCUGAUUACACCGUAUGCCAUCGAUACGGCGGGGUGGAAAUUUUACCUCUUAUUCUGCUGCAUGAUAGCUCUGAAUAUACCCUUCACGUAUCUGUUCUUUCCUGAGACGUGUGGGAAGACACUGGAAGAGCUGGACUAUGUCUUUGACAAACACCAUCGAUAUAACCUGGAGGCAGGGCGGCCAACCACGAGCGAGGAGAGGAAAGCGCAAAAUGUGGAUGACCAUGCUACUGACCACCACGUCGAGAUGUCUAAGGUCGCCUCCUAG